UACUCAUCCCAUAUUUCCAUCCGUAUGUUUUACAACCGGAUCUUUUUGACCCACCCACCAGAAAAUCUAUAACCCGUUACCGAGACGGCGAGACCGAGAGUGAGCUUUGAAUCUCUCUGCCGCGCCUUCACUACCCAAAAUCUCCAGUCUCCUCUCUCUCUCUCUCUCUCACACUCCCCACCAGAAUUAGCGGUCACCAUGUCCUCUCUGCUGCUGGCUUUAGAAUUUGGAUGGGUUGCUGUCAUUGCAUAAUACUUGCACAAAUGCAAAAUUUGGAUGUUACAACAGCUCCAGGGCUUUGAAAUCUCCAGCAUUACAGUAGGUAUACUUCGAAGCUGCAAACAACAGUACGGUUGGGGUUAUUUUUCCGGUGGAUUAUAGAAACUCUGUGGAACUUAGGAGGACUAUUAACAGCAGGUAGAAUGAAACCUCUACUUCUUAUAACCACGUGUUCAGAUCUGAUCGCUUCCCAAGCUGAUGACUACUGGCGAACAUGAGAAUUGAGACAAGAAGUGUUUUGUUUGAUUCUUGUGAGCCAAGGAGAGCUCCAAAUGUUUGCCCGGUUACAAGUGCCAAUUACCAUGAUACAUCUUAGCAACACAACUAGAUUACCUCUCUUGAGUUAUGCCCAGGCUAUCCUUCCCAUGCGAUGUAAUCUCAAAUGUCUAUACCAUUCCAUGAACUACAAUGUGACACCUAGAAUCACAUCCCCUGAGAGAGAUUUUAGUGCCAAUUUUAAUGUGGCACAAUCCAACUGGUUGAUUACCAAACUAAGCAGAGAUGGAAAGGUUGGAGAAGCACGUCAAGUGUUUGAUGAAAUGCCUGACAAAGAUGUGGUGACAUGGACGACAGUGAUCACAGGGUAUAUCAAGUGUGGGAUGGUUGAGGAGGCUAGGAGGCUGUUUGAUAGAGUGGAUGCUAAGAAGAAUGUGAUUACAUGGACUGCGUUGGUUAGUGGGUAUAUAAGGCUGAAACGAAUUAAGGAGGCAGAGAGGUUGUUUUAUGAGAUGCCGGAGAAGAAUGUGGUUUCUUGGAACACCAUGAUUGAUGGGUAUGCACGGGAUGGCCAGGUGGAUAGGGCUUUGGACUUGUUUAAGAGGAUGCCAGAGAGGAAUGUGGUUUCGUGGAAUACAGUUUUAACCGCUUUGGCACAGUGUGGCAGGAUUGAAGAGGCAAGGUCACUUUUCAAACUGAUGCCCGCAAGGGAUAUUAUUUCCUGGACAGCAAUGGUUGCGGGAUUUUCAAGAAAUGGCAUGAUUGAUGAAGCUCGAGAAUUUUUUGAGAGGAUGCCUAAAAGGAAUGUGGUGUCGUGGAAUGCAAUGAUUACGGGCUACACCCAGAGUUUGAGAUUGGAUGAGGCUCUUGAAUUGUUUGAGAGGAUGCCAGAGAGGGACAUACCUUCAUGGAAUACAAUGAUCACUGGUUUUAUUCAUAAUGGGGAUUUAAAGAGGGCAGAGGAGUUGUUUGUGAAAAUGCCAUGGAAGAACGUCAUCUCUUGGACUACAAUGAUCACAGGGUAUGUACAAGAUGGGGAAAAUGAAAAAGCAUUGAUGACUUUUUCAAACAUGCUGGCAGAUAAUGGAGUGAAACCUAAUCAGGGAACUUUUGUGAGUGUGUUAAGUGCUUGUAGUAACUUAGCUGGUUUUAGUGAGGGACAACAGAUACAUCAGAUGAUAACUAAAACAGUCCAUCAGGAAUGUGCAUUCUUGGUAUCCGCACUCAUAAACAUGUAUUCAAAAUGUGGGGAGUUAGUCACUGCUAGGAAGAUGUUUGAAGAUGGAUUGACCAUUCAUAGGGAUGUGAUCUCAUGGAAUGGUAUGAUCGCAGCCUAUGCACAUCAUGGAUGUGGCAUUGAGGCGAUUAACUUGUUUAAUGAAAUGCGGAAAUUAGGAUUCAAACCUGAUGAUGUUACCUUUGUGGGGCUGCUUUCUGCAUGCAGUCAUGCUGGUUUGGUGGAGGAGGGGAUAAAAUAUUUUAAUGAGCUUCUUACAGAUGGGUCAAUAGAAGUGAGGGAAGAUCAUUACACAUGCUUGGUUGAUCUCUGUGGUCGGGCAGGGAGGCUUAAGGAGGCUUUUGAUGUCCUUAAGAAGCUGGGAACUAAGCUAUCAGCAUCUGUUUGGGGGGCUCUUGCUGCUGGAUGCAAUGUUCAUGGUAACAUAGAUAUCGGGAAGCUGGCUGCCGAGAAGCUUUUAGGGGAGGGGCCAGAGAAUCCAGGCAGUUACUUGUUGUUGAGUAACAUAUAUGCUUCAUCUGGGAAAUGGAGAGAAGCUGCAAAGAUGAGAAUGAAAUUGAAAGAGAAGAGGUUGAAGAAGCAACCUGGGUGCAGUUGGAUAGAAGUUGGAAAUAAGGUGCAUGUGUUUGUGGUUGGCGAUGAGUCUCAUUGUCAAUCUAAAGUUAUAUAUUCUUUACUUAGCAAUCUUCAUGAAAGAAUGAAGAAGAUUGGGUAUGUCCCGUACAAUGACUUGAUAGUAGAUGAUUGUUUUUCAGUAACAUAAAUUAAUUUCUCAAUUAGCAGACAGUUCAAAAGAUACUAUUUGAAAAGUGAUGUGCAGAUUAGAUCAGAUUGACAGUAGAGGAAGAUUUGUUACUGUUGGGUACCCAACUUUUCUUGGGUCCAGGAGAUUGGCAUUGGACGAAUUGCAAAAUGCUUAUGGAUAAUGCACCAGAAGCAGUAUUUUUCUUUUUUCUUGGGCAGGAUAAAGCAUUCAAACUCAUCUUUGGCCAUCAGAUUGAUGGACUGGAUUAAAUGGAAUCAAACCCCCCUCAAAUAGCUUAUUGAUGGUUGGUUAAGUUGUUGAAGUUCAAUGGUUGGGACACAUUGUUUCAUCAGUGGCCCCAUAUAAUUAGAUUGUGCCCUCAUCUUUGAGCUUGCACCCUUCUACCCCUGCCGCCAAUCUCUAGCAGCAACCGGAGGUCAUCUCUGGCCAUCCCAAUACUGGCUGCAGCAAGACCAUCUCAUAUCCUCUCAUCUCCAGCUUUUAAAUGUGUGAUGAAGUGCAAUUUCUGAGUUCGCUUGUGCCUCUGAUUUCAUUUCGCUAGAGUCCCUUGAGGUACACAGAUUCGUGGAACAGAUGUCUGACAAGCUUGAUGCUCCACCUCCUGUGUUUGAAUCACCGAAAUACUUGACUCGCUGUAAGGAUUGUGAUAAGCUGUCUGGCUUGCUUGAGUCUCAACAAAUUCAGUGUACUGUUUUCCCUUGGUUAUGUGAGAACCAUGUUUUUCUCAGAAUGUCAGACACCGAAAUGACAAAAUAACUAGAAAUAAGUGAAGUCGAAUUCCCGUAGAGGGUUUGGAUUUUGUUGUUGUUAUUGACAUAUUUUUCAUUGAGGCGGUUUAAAGGGUUUCUGUGUCUCGUUAAUUGGUAUAUUCUACUUGCUGUCCUGUAUUUUGUUAUGGCGAUGAAUGUUUAUUCUUUUGUUCGAAAACAUUACGUAUGUCGUACUGGUUUGUUAAGUUAUGUAUUGUCAAUGA